GUUUCGUUUUCGCUGUCAAAGAAAGUUCCAUUACGGAACGGUCAUUAGUUUUGUUUAUUUCGGUUGUACUUAAUCGUUUUCGGAGAUUUUUUAAUUCAAAGUAGAAAUUAUUUUUCUAGAAUUUAAGUUUUUUAGAAGAUUCACAGUACCAUGGAUAAGUUUUCCGAUGUCUGUAAACUGGAACAGAGCAACAGCGGUGUCGGAGGCCUGAUAAUCAAGAAAAAGGAUAGCGACAAGGAUAAGGAUGUUUUCAAAAAGCCCAAACCCUCACUUUUAGGGUUGGACAAAUUAGCCGCUGCUCAGCGAGCUCGUAAGCAACAGGAAGCGGCUCGUCUUUCAUUCAAAAAUUCUGAUGGCGAUGAUGUGGAUGAUUAUGAUGGAGAUCCUGGUUACAGGCAUGAAAAAAGUAAGGCCGCAUCUAGCAAAGUAUACAGAGAAAUUGCGGUGGAAACGCCAACAUACACUGGAGGAGUUAGUGACUUAGCUAGAAAACGCCAGGAAGAACGGUACAAAGAUGAUCAAAGCAAGGGUUUGUAUGCUUCUUCGAAAUCGAGAAAAAGAGAACAUGAUCGUGAUGAUGACAGAAUGCGACACAAGUACUCGUCUAGUAGUUCCAGAAGUCACCGUGGCGAGUCUUCUCAUAGGACACCGGGACAUUUCAAAGAUGAACCCAGAACACCUCGAAGCGACAGGCGAAUGGACGCAUUUGGAUGGGAAGACGACGAUGAUCGACAACCUUCGACGUCGAAGAAAUCUUCUUGGGAUUAUCCAACGCCAAAGAUUCCCAAAGGUUCAGAAUCGGUGAGAAGUAACCGAUCAUCAUCGCGGCGCAAUAGAGAAGACGAUACGCCGAGACCAACGCCUGCACACAAAUACAAUAAAUGGGCCCCUGAUAGGAAAGAAUCCGGUGCCACUCCUCACACAACUAGGAAGGGUAUUCCAUGGGACACUGAAGAGGAUAAAGAUUUGUGGGAAAAAGAGCAGGUUCGCCUAGACCGAGAAUGGUACAGCAUAGGAGAAGGUUACGACGAGGAUAAUAAUCCUUUCGCGGGAACUAGUUCGGAGUAUCUGCAGAAACGAGAAGAACAGUUAGAACAGCGUAGAAUUAAACGAAUGUCGGCUCAGCAACGACAAAUUAACAAAGAUAAUGAACUUUGGGAGAAAAAUCGGCUGCUAACUUCAGGCGUUGUCAUGUCAAUCAAUUUCAAUGAAGAUUUUGAUGAAGAAGCAGUGGAACGAGUUCAUUUAUUGGUACAUCAUACAGUACCCCCUUUUCUGGAUGGACGGAUUGUAUUUACGAAGCAGCCGGAACCUGUGAUUCCCGUAAAAGAUGCCACUUCCGACAUGGCGAUAGUUGCAAGGAAGGGAAGUCAGCUUGUGAGAACGUAUCGCGAACAGAAGGAACGACGAAAGGCUCAGAAAAAACAUUGGGAAUUAGGUGGAACCAAACUCGGUAACAUUAUGGGAGUAGCCAAAAAGCAGGACGACGAAGAUGCUAAGUAUGACGCCGAAACUGAUACAGCAGAUUAUCGGAAGGAUCAGAAAUUUGCACAUCAUUUGGAAGCACAGGAUAACGAAGCUGAGUUCACGCGAAAGAGACCAAUCUAUGAACAACGACGUUCCUUGCCAGUCUUCGCAGUGCGUCAAGAUCUACUUAAUGUAAUUCGAGAGAAUUCCGUUGUUAUUAUCGUUGGUGAGACGGGGAGUGGUAAAACGACACAGUUAACGCAAUAUUUGCAUGAGGAUGGUUACAGUCGGCUAGGUAUGAUUGGUUGCACACAGCCUAGGCGUGUGGCAGCAAUGUCUGUAGCCAAACGUGUUUCGGACGAGAUGAAUACGAAACUUGGACAAGAAGUGGGAUAUGCCAUUCGUUUUGAGGACUGCACUUCGGAGAAAACUGUAAUCAAGUAUAUGACAGAUGGUAUAUUGUUACGAGAAAGUUUGAGGGAUAGUGAUUUGGAUGGAUAUUCAGCAAUCAUUAUGGACGAAGCUCAUGAGCGGUCGCUUUCAACUGACGUUUUGUUUGGUUUACUGAGAGAUAUCGUUGCUAGACGCAGGGACUUGAAGCUGAUAGUCACUUCUGCCACUAUGGAUGCUACUAAAUUUGCAACAUUUUUCGGAAACGUUCCGAACUUUACAAUCCCUGGUCGAACAUAUCCGGUAGAUGUAAUGUUUAGCAAAAACGUGUGCGAGGACUACGUUGAUUCGGCAGUUAAACAAGCUCUGCAAAUUCAUCUUCAGCAGUUGGAAGGAGAUAUGUUGAUUUUUAUGCCCGGUCAGGAAGACAUCGAAGUUACUUGCGAAGUGCUUGCCGAGAGAUUGUCUGAAAUUGACAACGCUCCUCAGCUUUCGAUCCUUCCUAUUUACUCGCAGCUUCCAUCAGAUUUACAGGCAAAAAUCUUCCAACGAUCUGCUGAAGGUUUGAGAAAAUGCAUUGUAGCUACAAAUAUUGCAGAAACGUCACUUACUGUAGAUGGCAUUAUCUUCGUGAUAGAUUCCGGCUAUUGUAAGCUUAAAGUUUACAACCCUAGGAUUGGUAUGGACGCAUUACAGAUAUACCCAAUUUCACAAGCAAACUCAAACCAACGCUCAGGACGAGCAGGAAGGACGGGUCCCGGACAGGCUUUUCGUCUCUAUACCGAACGGCAGUAUAAGGAUGAACUGCUUGCUCUAACUGUACCGGAAAUUCAACGGACCAAUCUGGCAAAUACCGUUCUGCUACUAAAAUCGCUAGGAGUAGCCGAUUUAUUACAAUUUCACUUUAUGGAUCCACCACCGCAGGAUAAUAUCCUUAAUUCGCUGUACCAGUUGUGGAUCCUGGGAGCUCUCGAUCACACUGGUGCGUUAUCUCCGCUCGGAAGGCAGAUGGCAGAGUUCCCGCUCGAUCCGCCCCAAUGUCAAAUGUUGAUCGUUGCCAAUCAAAUGGGAUGCAGUGCGGAGAUUCUCAUCAUAGUGUCGAUGCUUUCGGUACCGUCGAUAUUUUACCGUCCAAAAGGCCGUGAAGAAGAAGCGGAUAACGUUCGAGAAAAAUUCCAGGUACCAGAAUCGGAUCAUUUAACCUACCUCAAUGUGUACCAGCAGUGGAAAAUGAACAAAUACUCCUCAAACUGGUGCAAUGAACACUUCAUUCACAUCAAAGCAAUGCGGAAGGUUCGCGAGGUUCGACAGCAGCUCAAAGACAUCUACGUUCAGCAGCGUCUCGAUGUGCGUUCGUGUGGCACCAAUUGGGAUGUGGUAAGAAAGUGUAUUUGCUCGGCUUACUUCUACCAGGCAGCUCGAUUGAAAGGUAUUGGAGAAUACGUCAACCUACGAACAGGAAUGCCUUGCUACUUACAUCCAACGUCGGCCCUGUAUGGACUAGGAACUACACCGGAUUAUGUUGUCUAUCACGAGUUGGUGAUGACUGCUAAGGAGUAUAUGCAGUGUGCUACUUCGGUGGAUGGGUUUUGGUUAGCGGAAUUGGGUCCCAUGUUUUUCUCGGUCAAAGAAACAGGCAAGAGUAGUCGCGAGAAACGGAAACAGGCAGCAGAACACUUGCACGAGAUGGAAUCUCAAAUGCAAAUGGCUCAAGAGCAAAUGGAAAGGCAAAAGCAGGAGGAAACAGAAAGGCAACAACAGCAAAUGAUAAAGCAAGAAAUAAUCACACCUGGAGCAACGCCCAGAAGAACCCCGUCACGAAUAGGAUUGUAAAAGUGUGAUUGGAACAUUUUCAUUAUACUACGCCAAUAAAACACAAUAAAAAAGAA